AUGGCAAUGUCCUUCGCCAUCAAGCUACUACUCCUGGUGGCUCUCACCACCGCCGCCAGCCUCCGCCUCACCUCCGCCGCAGAAACCCUUGCACCAAGCCAACCACCCUCUCCAGCAACGGCGGCGGCAAAUCAAGAUACGCACCUGAGAAACAUCCUGGACGCACUGAUAGGCAGCGGCGACUACGGCGGGUGGGCAAACCUGCUCUCCUCCGCCAACCCUUCGGAGCUCCCAGUGACGGCCACCUUCUUCAUCCCCUCCGACGACGCCAUCUCGGGCCUCCUGUCGGCCAGCACCACGGCACGCCUGGACCCUCUUCUGGUUCCAUACCACAUAGUCCCGCAGCGCCUGACCUUCUCGGAGCUCCAACAUCUCGACACUCGCACCCGCCUCCCAACUCUGCUUCCUGCAAAUUUCAUCGUCGUCACCAACAACUCGGCCACCAAUUUCACCGUGGACGGAUCGCAAAUCACGCAAGCUGACAUAUUUCUCAAUGCCGCCUUCGCGCUGCAUGGCGUCAACAAGGUUCUUAACUACUCCCUCUUCGCUCUUCCAGCCCCGCCGGCCAGCCUCCUGCGGAAGAAGAAGAAACUCCCACGGCCGAGGGGCAUAACCGUGUCUGCUGCGUGGCGUUCUUGCGCUACACUUGUUUCUACUUUUUUCAUGCUCCUCAUAUUCAACAUUCUUUGAGAAAUUUUGUAAUUCCGUCUUCUUUGAUUUUGUAAUUCAUCACAUUUUCUUGAUUUCUUAUGUUCAAGAUCACCAACUUUUCAUUAUGUCAAAGACCAUUAACUGUUAGA